ACUUUCGCAUUAUGAUGAUUGCUCUUUUCACCAUGCCACUAUGGCUUCUUCCCAUUCUAGCUUUCCUUCCAUUGAUUCUUAUUCUAAAGAGCAAACAAGUGAGGAGAACCAACCUUCCUCCUGGCCCUCCCAAGCUUCCCAUCAUAGGUAACUUGCACCAACUUGGUGAGCUUCCUCACCGCUCUCUACGGCUACUCUCUAAGGAAUAUGGUCCAAUCAUGCAUUUGGAAUUUGGGGGCAUGCCAACAGUAGUUGUUUCAUCUGCUGAAAUUGCAAGUGAGAUGAUGAAGUCUCAUGAUCUUGAUUGUUGCAGCAGGCCUGACUUGAUGGGCCCUAGGAGGCUCUCAUACAACUUCUAUGACAUUGCUUUUGGGCCUUACAAUGAGUAUUGGAGGGAGAUGAGGAAGGUCUGUGUUCUAGAGCUCUUUAGUGUGAAGAGGGUGCAAUCUUAUAAUUCCAUUAGAGAAGAGAGAGUUGGUUCAAUGAUCAACUCAAUUUCGAAAUCUUCUUCAUCAACUCCAAUUAAUCUGAGUGAGAUGCUCUUUGCCCUCACUGAUGAUAUAACUUGUAGGGUUGCUUUUGGUAAGAGUUACAAGGGGAGAGAUUUUGAUAAUGGACGGUUUGGAGAAGCUGUUAAUGAAGCCAUGACUAUGUUGGGUAGCUUCUCCGGCGCCGAUUUUUUCCCUUAUGUAGGGUGGAUUAUGGACAAAUUCACUGGCCUCCAUGGAAGGCGUGAGAGGUGCUUCCAUGAAUUUGAUCAUUUCUACCAAAACGUGAUUGAUGAACAUCUCAAAAAUGAGAGGGAUGAAUCCGAGCAUGAAGACAUCAUUGAUGUCUUGCUCAAAGUAGGAAGGGAUUAUACAGGUGCAGGUUCUCUCACUCAUGAUCAUAUCAAAGGACUCCUCAUGAAUAUAUUUUUAGGUGGAGUAGACACUGGUGCUGUUUUAAUGGAGUGGGCAAUGACAGAGCUUGCUAAGAACCCGGAAGUGAUGAAUAAAGUACAAGAAGAGAUUAGAAACACUGUUGGAAAGAAAGGAAAGGUUGUUGAAGCAGUUAUUGAUCAGCUUAAAUACCUUAAAAUGGUGGUAAAGGAGACUCUAAGAUUGCAUCCUCCAGCUCCUCUUUUGGUCCCACGAGAAACCAUGCGCCAUUUUACUAUUAACGGAUAUGACAUUUACCCCAAAACAAGGAUCCAAGUUAAUGUCUACGCAAUCGGGAGAGAUCCCAAAUAUUGGAAGAACCCAGAAGAGUUCAUGCCAGAGAGGUUCAUGGAUAACUCAAUUGAUUAUAAGGGAACACAUUUUGAGUUCUUGCCAUUUGGAGCAGCUCGAAGAGUUUGUCCUAGAAUGCACAUGGGUGUUUCACUAGUUGAGUUAACAUUGGCAUCUCUUCUAUAUGCCUUUGAUUGGGGCCUUCCUGAUGGGAUAAAGAAGGAAGAUAUAGACAUGGAUGAAGAAUUAGGUGUUACUGUUCAAAAGAAAGUUCCUCUUUACCUUGUGCCUAUUAAUCGUACAUGGGAUUCAGAAGACAAUAGCUAG